UCAUCCCGCGGUGGCUGCGGCGGCGGCGGCGCUGGGCAUGGUACCCGGGUCGGAGGGCCCGGCCCGCGCCGGGGGCCUCGUAGCUGACGUGGUGUUUGUGAUAGAGGGCACGGCCAAUCUGGGGCCCUACUUCGAGGGACUCCGCAAGCACUACCUGCUCCCGGCCAUCGAGUAUUUUAAUGGUGGUCCUCCUGCGGAGACGGACUUCGGGGGAGACUAUGGGGGAACUCAGUACAGCCUCGUGGUGUUCAACACGGUGGACUGCGCUCCCGAGUCCUAUGUCCAGUGUCACGCUCCCACCAGCAGCGCCUAUGAGUUUGUCACCUGGCUGGAUGGCAUUAAGUUCAUGGGCGGGGGUGGCGAGAGCUGCAGCCUCAUCGCCGAAGGUCUCAGCACUGCCCUGCAGCUGUUCGACGACUUCAAGAAGAUGCGGGAGCAGAUUGGCCAGACGCACCGAGUCUGCCUUCUUAUCUGUAACUCGCCCCCGUACCUGCUGCCUGCUGUGGAGAGCACCACGUACUCGGGGUGCACGACCGAGAGCCUUGUGCAGAAGAUAGGGGAGCGCGGGAUCUACUUCUCCAUUGUGUCUCCCCGAAAGCUGCCUGCCCUGCGGCUUCUGUUUGAGAAGGCGGCUCCUCCGGCCAUGCUGGAGCCACUGCAGCCGCCAGCAGACGUGAGCCAGGACCCGCGGCACAUGGUGCUGGUGCGGGGGCUUGUGCUGCCCGUUGGGGGUGGCUCGGCCCCAGGCCCCCUCCAGCCAAAGCAGCCUGUGCCCCUGCCUCCAGCUCCACCCUCAAGUGCCUCGCUCUCGGCAGCCCCCCAGCAGCCCCUGCCCCCCGUGCCCCAGCAGUACCAGGUCCCUGGGAACCUGAGUGCAGCUCAAGUGGCUGCUCAGAAUGCAGUGGAGGCUGCCAAGAACCAGAAGGCUGGGCUGGGCCCUCGCUUCUCGCCCAUCAACCCUCUUCAGCAAGCCGCUCCAGGAGUGGGGCCUCCCUACAGCCAGGCCCAGGCUCCCCCGCUGCCCCCAGGGGCCCCUGGCGCCCCCAAGCCACCACCUGCUUCCCAGCCCAGCCUAGUCUCCACUGUGGCCCCUGGCCCAGGCCUGGCGCCCCCUGCGCAGCCUGGGGCACCAUCCAUGGCGGGCACUGUGGCCCCAGGAGGGGUGAGCGGCCCUUCUCCGGCCCAGCUCGGGGCCCCAGCCCUCGGCGGACAGCAGUCAGUCUCCAAUAAACUCCUGGCCUGGAGCGGGGUCCUCGAAUGGCAGGAGAAGCCCAAACCUGCCUCCGUGGAUGCCAACACCAAGCUGACCCGGUCUCUGCCUUGCCAGGUCUACGUGAAUCAUGGCGAGAACCUGAAAACAGAGCAGUGGCCCCAGAAGUUGAUCAUGCAGCUCAUCCCGCAGCAGCUGCUGACCACCCUGGGCCCUUUGUUCCGGAACUCAAGGAUGGUCCAGUUCCACUUCACCAACAAGGACCUGGACUCCCUCAAAGGCCUCUAUCGCAUCAUGGGCAACGGCUUCGCGGGCUGCGUGCACUUCCCCCACACGGCCCCUUGCGAGGUGCGCGUGCUCAUGCUCCUGUACUCGUCCAAGAAGAAGAUCUUCAUGGGCCUCAUCCCCUAUGACCAGAGUGGCUUUGUCAACGGCAUCCGGCAGGUCAUCACCAACCACAAGCAAGUCCAGCAGCAGAAGCUGGAGCAGCAGCGCGGGAUGGGGGCACAGCAGGCACCCCCUGGGCUGGGCCCCAUUCUGGAGGACCAGGCAAGGCCCUCGCAGAAUCUGCUCCAGCUCCGCCCACCGCAGCCCCAGCCUCAGGGUUCUGUGGGGGCCUCAGCGGCUGCAGGGCAGCCCCAGCCCCAGGGUGCCGCCCAGGCCCCCCCAGGCGCCCCACAAGGACCUCCUGGAGCAGCCCCUGGCCCACCUCCUGGACCCAUCCUUCGGCCCCAAAACCCUGGGGCCAACCCCCAGCUGCGGAGCCUCCUUCUCAACCCACCACCGCCGCAGACUGGGGUGCCCCCACCCCAGGCGUCUCUCCACCACCUCCAGCCACCAGGGGCCCCUGCACUGCUGCCCCCACCACACCAGGGCCUGGGGCAGCCCCAGCUGGGGCCCCCCCUCCUGCACCCGCCGCCCACCCAGUCCUGGCCUGCUCAGCUUCCCCCGAGGGCUCCACUGCCAGUGGCAAAACGAAAGAGAGAACGCGAGGGCCACGUGUUUCGCGAGAAAUGGGAGCGAGCCUAUUUCUUUGUGGAGGUGAAGAGCCUGCCCACGUGUCUAAUAUGCAAAAAAAUCGUGUCUGUGUUGAAAGAGUACAACCUGAGGCGUCACUAUGAGUCCAAGCACAGUAAGAGCUUCGACCAGUACACGGAGCAGACGCGAGACGCGAUCCUCAACGAACUGAAAAAGGGCCUCAAGUGUCAGUAGGGCUUUCGCUUUGGGAAGCAGAUGUAGGCGCAGCGGUGAGGGAACCGCAUUGAAAGACUCCCCCUCUUUGGGGCAUUAAAACCCCCUCGACAGGCGAAUUUGUAAAGGAGCAGAAACAAUGUGACCCAGACAGAAACCCGCGUCCAUCUGGACCGUCGUUUCAGUGUAGCCGACGUUCGCGUCACACGGGGAGGCGAGGACAGGUCCGAAGAUGUCCCAAGUCCAGUGGCUUGAAAGAGUCAAAUCAAUCGUGGCCUUUUUUCUAUCGCUGCUCAUGAACUACAACCACCCAGUUAGCUUUAUUUAUUUGUGGCGUGGAGAACUCCGACUUGACAAGGCAGACCCGACACUGAGAAGUGAGCCGUUCUGUACUGUGUACUGAGAAAAGCACACAGUCUCACCCAGGCCAGUCCGGAGGCCUGAGCACGGCUCCAGACCAUGGUGGCAACCCAACCGUCAGUGUCACGGGGGACCCGGGCAGGACGCCUCCAUCCCAGGUGACAUUUGUCAAGGACACCAGCCAGGUCGUUGUAUCCAUCACCAGGCAUCAAACUGUGCUAAGAAAGUCAGCAGAACACACCAUGGACUUCCUCACCAUGCUUUUGUACCUUAACCAUGGGCAGGUUGGUGGUGAACUUGCCCCGAUGUAUUUUGAUAGUUGUUCUGUGACCCAAUCAUCACGGGUUGUGUGGAAGAAAUCUGAACCAUUGCAUUCAGUCUACUCUCUCAUUUCAGACAAGGCCAAAGCCACACCUUGGUUCCCACAAGAAGGUCAGUCAAAGACUGUUGGUUGAAGUUCCCACCUUCCCAGACACUCUUUUUUUCUCUGCAAGGACGUUCACAAACAGCUACUUGAAUGUAUGAUCAUAUUCAUCUGGUUCUGGCAAAAAAAAAAAAAAAUGGGGGACAUCCUGACUCCCUCUUCUUUGCUACAGUUGGUGUCCAGAAAUGAAGAACGUGGUCCAGACAACAGGCACCCAGAUUGUGGGGUCAAAGACCACAUUCCCCGCAAGGCUCUCUGCACCCAGACUUUGUAAAAAUGAACUAAUACUGUCCAGUUUGUCUCUGUUGGCUAACCUCCAUCACGUGAAUGCAGACCGCAGAUAGGAGUCACCAGGCUCCAGGGCAGCGGGCCGCUGGUUCCUAGGUGGGAUUCGGAUGGAAGAUUCCAGCCCUCCACCUCUCUCCAGUCAUUGCCCUGAGUCUCCAUGUUUGGAAGCGUCCUCACUUGUGAACAGCCAUUUUUCUGUUACAAAACUGAAUCAAAUGAAACCCUGCUCCCAGCUUCCGGAGUCAAGGUUGAGGUCCCCACCGCACCCCCACUCCGCCACCACCGUGACAUCCAAGGUCUGCCGUGGACAUUGGGGUGUGGAAGGGAUGUGGUCAGCCUCCUGGCUUCAAGCCCGAGGAGCAGAAGAAUUACGGAAAGAGAAAACAUUUUAAUAGUUUAAAUAUUUCUAUUUUUCAAUUUGUAUUUUUUCAAUUUUGAAUUUGAAAGACGAACCCCAGUUUCCUGCCUGUUUGUAUUAUGUUCCAUGCAUUCACCAUAGUUCAGUAAAGGUUCGAUUUGAUUAUA